GGCCCGGAGAUCCGCAUCCCAGGAGGUGGUGCAGUCCCCCUCCCCCCCCCGCCCAGGACUGGGGCGGGGUUAUGGGCGGGGCAUGGGCAGGGCGAAGAGGCCGCUCAGGACCGAGCGAGCCUCCCUCGGCUCGCGAGUGUAGGUUCCCGAGCCGAAGGCAUCCAGGAGACCAUGAGUGCGGUGGACCUUGGUCGCGUAGGAGCGUGUGUCUUAAAGCAUGCAGUGACCGGGGAGGCGGUAGAGCUGAGGAGCCUAUGGCAGGAUAAAGCUUGCGUGGUGGCCGGUCUGCGACGCUUCGGCUGCAUGGUGUGCCGUUGGAUCGCCCAGGACCUCAGCAACCUCCGGGCCCUCCUGGACCAACACGACGUGCGCUUAGUAGGCGUGGGUCCUGAGGCCCUGGGCCUGCAGGAGUUUCUGGAUGGUGGUUACUUCUCCGGAGAACUCUAUCUUGAUGAGAGCAAGCAAUUCUAUAAGGAGCUGGGCUUCAAGCGGCCUAACAGCUUAAGCAUCCUGCCAGCUGCCCUGGGGAAACCUGUGCGUGACGUAGCCUCCAAGGCUAAGGCCAUUGGCAUCCAGGGGAAUCUGUCCGGUGACCUACUGCAGAGUGGAGGGCUGCUGGUGGUCAGCAAAGGUGGUGACAAAGUAUUGCUACACUUCAUCCAGAAGUCCCCAGGUGACUAUGUUCUGCAGGAGAACAUCUUGCAGGCCCUGGGCAUCUCUGCAGAGGUUUGCUCCAGCAAACCAUCCCAGUGUGAUGAAGAGGUGUGUGGGAGGUGACAGUGGCCUCUGAGGACCUGGAGGCAUCCGCAACCUUGCAUGGGUUUGGAAUAGGAAGAAUCACUGUGGAGCCUCAUCCCAGCUGGGACACUGGACCUUGUUCGUCUUUGAACAGCAUUGAGCCAUUAAAGCGCAGGCCCUGGGCA